AUGCCUCGCCCCAAAAAGGCAGACCCUCCCCGACAACCCGCCCCCGUGGCACCCGCACCAGCCAUGGUUCCUAUGGCCAUGCAACCUGUCCCAGCUCAGAUGGCGCCUCAACCUAUUCAACAACAACCUCUAGCUGCUGGACCUGCAAUCCAACCUCCUAGAACGAUUGGUAUUGAAGAGUUCAUCCGAGUUCGUGAUAGCGUUCAUGCCAGAUUCAACACCAUAACAGGGUUAAUGAAGAGUUUCUCGGAUGACUUCCUACGACAAACUAAUCUCCUAAUCGGAGAACCCGCUCCUUUUGACAACAAUACGACUCAUUCUAUGCAAAAUAUAAUUGCCAACCUAGAUGGUAUUAGUGGUCAACUCGGUGACUUUGGUCAUGUUGAAGAGAAGAAGGAGCGUAAGAAGAGAACUCAUGAUCCUAAUGCCCCCAAGCGACCCUUGACACCUUAUUUCUUGUAUAUGCAAACCGCUCGUCCCAUUAUCGCCAACGAUCUUGGUCAGGAUGCCCCGAAAGGUGCUGUGCAGGAGGAAGGUCAGCGUCGCUGGGCAUCUAUGACCCCGGCCGAAAAGAACGCUUGGAACAAUGCUUAUCAGUUCAACCUCCGCCUAUACAAUGCGCGAGUGCACUCGUACAAGGCUGGCAAUCUUGAUGCUCGAAAUAUGACUGAUCCGGAUGCUCUGAACUACGCUGACGGAAAUGGAAUCCCCCAACCCGUUCUAUCUGGAGAAGAGGCGUAUGCUCCUAAUGAUCAGGAUGCCAUUGCUGAGCAGCUGCAAAUGGCCGUGCCACCUGCACCUGAGCCUGAAACUCAAACACCAAAGGCUAAAGUAACUCGAAAGCGAAAGAGUACCGCAGCUGCCGAGGUCGAGGAUGUUGAGGCGAGCGCUGCUAAGACCGCGACGCCUGCUAGCCCUGACAAAAAGCGCAAAAGAGCCUCCAAAGUAGCCGAGACCCCGGAGGAACCUAAGAAGUCCAGUCGGAAGAAGAAGGCUGCAUGA